CAAUCGAGUAUUCGGAGUAUAUUUGCUUGCAAAAUUAAGUGGAUGCGUGCAAAUUUGUGAUCCUCGUUUUGAGUAAUCGGAACUUCUGAAGGCUGUAACAGUGCGGUAUUGUCAACCCUGGUAUGGCGCCACAAUGGAUGCGGAAAAUCGUGUCAUACUUAAUGUCGGAGGUAUUCGACAUGAAACCUACAAGGCAACGUUGAAAAAAAUCCCGGCUACGCGCCUUUCACGCCUGACAGAAGCCUUGGCCAACUACGACCCUGUAUUGAACGAGUAUUUUUUUGAUCGACAUCCCGGAGUAUUUGCUCAAAUUUUGAACUACUAUCGAACUGGAAAACUUCACUACCCAGUGGAUGUAUGCGGACCUCUAUUUGAGGAAGAAUUGGAGUUUUGGGGGCUAGACGCCAAUCAGGUUGAGCCGUGUUGUUGGAUGACUUACACGGCACAUCGUGAUACUCAGGCUACUCUUCAAAUCCUCGACAAGUACGAAAUGGACACUGAUGAUCACCUACCGGAAAGUCUGUAUAAACGCUUCGGUUUGGAGGAAGAGUUCGCAUGUAACGACUUGACGAUAUGGCAGCGAUAUCGUCCAAAAGUCUGGGCCAUGUUUGAAAUGCCACAUUCAUCGACAGGUGCAAAAUGCAUCGCCCUGUUGUCCGUCACCUGCAUCAUACUCUCAAUAAUUGCUUACUGUCUGGACACCUCACCAACAUUGCUGACUCCUUCAUUGUAUUCAGUCAACAGUCGUGGAUCAAAUGAAUCCUUCUCCAUCCGCAAUGCGUCUUCCUUCAUGAACUUUCAUACUUUUCCGACGUACAACAAAACUGACGAUACAAAGAGGUUAGACACCGCAUACACAUUUUAUCGCGUGAGCAGACCUCAGAAAAAUGUGGCCUUUAUCUAUAUUGAAUGUAUUUGCAAUUUGUGGUUCACAGUGGAACUGCUCAUCCGGUUCGCAGUGACCAUGGAUCAAUGCGCGUUCAUCAAAGAUCCGAUUAACUUGGUUGACAUCGCUGCACUUUUGAGUUUCUAUACUGAAACCUGCUUGUACACUUUCAACGACAAGACGAUGCCUUCCUCACCGGUUGUGGACAUUUUCAGUAUUCUGCGCGUUAUGCGAUUGUUCAAACUUACCAGGCAUAUUUCUGGGUUGAAAAUUCUCAUUUUGACCUUUAAAGCUAGCGCAAAAGAGUUCUCCCUCCUGGUAUUUUUUCUUGGUGUAUUUAUUGUUCUAUUUGCUGCCCUGAUUUACUAUGCGGAACGCCUGAGUACCAAUCCAGAAAACGAUUUCACAUCUAUACCAAUCGGAUUGUGGUGGGCUAUUGCUACCAUGACGACGGUGGGAUACGGUGACAUGGUGCCCAAAUCGUACGCAGGCAUGGUUGUUGGGGCUAUGUGCGCCAUCACCGGGGUCCUGACCAUCUCCCUACCUGUUCCAGUCAUAGUUUCGAACUUUUCCAUGUUCUACUCACACAUGUUGGCACGAUCGAAGCUGCCCAAGAAACGCCGGCGAAUUCUUCCAGUCGAAGCUAUCAGACCGAAGCACAAGUCUGUGAUAUCUGGCAGACGGGGUGCGGACGAUCAUGGUUUGAACAAUCUGGGAAAGAGCCUCGUUCCUCACAUGGCAUUAAACCUAACAGCUGUUCAGGCGCUGACCGCUGGAGCUGUGAAUAACUUAAGCUAUCAACAGUCUGUAACACUCCGUUCUCGCCGGGCCGCGGUGAUCAGCCUUCAGCCAGAAGACUCUCCAUCAGAACAAGAGAUUUCACAUACAGAAUCUCAGGUGGUGACAUCCUCACAACAAAGUAGCAUCAUUACGAGAGAACCAAGUAGCCAGAACGUAUUGCCAGAUACCCAGAAAACUGAUCCUUGUCAAUCGCCACUCAACCCCAGACCGAUUUCCAUGUGCACAGAACUACCCUGCCCAACGUUGCUUGAGACCACUACUGGAGAAGAUUGCAAUGGGCUUACCGGCCUACUGUCCGAAAACGAGGUCACCCUUACAGAGCGACCCAGGCGAUUAAAAAACAUUGUGUGAAACUUGUGGAUUCGUUACUUUGCGUUUUGUUCCCCUUCUGCUCACACCAAAGCCGAUAUGUUUUGGGAAGAUGUAAUAAGAUCA